UCGUCGUUUCGUACGCUGCACUUUUCCUAUGGCGCAGGACGUCCGAAAUCCGCAGCCGAGCGGGCGGUCGGAGGUGCCUCCGCGGGGGUCCGACGGGUCCGGAGGCCGAGCGACAGAACGAGCGCGCUCGGGCUGCGGGAACAUCGCCGCCGGGGGGGAAAGGGCAAGAGAGCAAAGCUCGGCCACCAUCGAUCGGGUCUCCCGCUCCGAGCCGAGGGUGGCAGAGCCCGGCACGGAUCGUUAGCGGCUUUGUCGCGUUUUGACGGCGGCAAAAGUGCCAGUCCGAGAUGCUUUUGCUUUGAGUUGCGGGAAGGGGGGGAAAUCCUUUCGGGACAGCCCAUCGCAUCCAGGAUGAAAGGUCAGUUUUUCCGGUUCUUGGUGGUUGGUCAUUGAUUUGGAGAUGUGGAUCAACAGAAUGAUUUUGAAAAAGAGAACCGGCGUACCUGGAGAGAAAUGACGGUAGUCCGAGGGAAAGGCUGAAAAGAAUUGGGUCGCGGUGCGGAGGAGGGAGGGAUGGAUGGAUGGAUGGAUGGAUGGACACGUUCAAAAGAGGUCUUUCCUCUUAAUUACUGUCAGAUGGCUACAAAGUUGUUUGCUGACGGCUUGCGGAAGACGAUUGACGUGAACGGGAGGCAGCGGAAGAACCUCAGCUCGGGAGGAGGACGCCACUCUUGAAAAUGUACCAAAUGCCGGACUACGAUCGGCCGGCCCGCGUGUUGACGAGCCCCAACGGGAUCCGGGUUGUACUGAAAACAUUUUGCCGGGGCGGCGGAUCACAGACGCGAGAAAAGAAGACCGUCCCAACGGUGAAACGCGCAAGAGGUUCUGGGGCCGGCACGCGAAUGGGCGCAGAGGGAGCAAUGAAAUCUCCAGACCGUCGAGGUAUUUGAGCUCGGUCGCGGGUCGUCUCGCGGCGGGAGGUUGGGCGAAAACCGUUACAAAUGUGCGAGAAGCUGCUAAGAGCAAAACGGUGUUCUCUGCUCCCGAAGUGUGGGCGGGCCAAAAUUGAAAGCAACAAAAAUCCGUUGAGUCCGGUAAUUGCAGCCAAGAAUUUGGGGUUUAGUUUAGGGUCCCGUCACGUUUCACGACUUUCAAAGAAUCUGUCCUCAUUUUCCAAUGCAAAUUGUUGAGUCCGUUGACGCUGGACCUUCUCCUUCCUCGUAGAUCUCGUGUAAUGCCAGAGAUCUAAAAUGGGUGACUGGAACUUCCUGGGGGGCAUCUUGGAGGAGGUGCACAUCCACUCCACCAUGGUGGGCAAGAUCUGGCUGACCAUCCUGUUCAUCUUCCGGAUGCUGGUGCUGGGCGUGGCCGCCGAGGACGUGUGGAACGACGAGCAGUCGGACUUCGUCUGCAACACGGAGCAGCCGGGCUGCCGCAACGUCUGUUACGACCGGGCCUUCCCCAUCUCGCUCAUCCGCUACUGGGUCCUGCAGGUCAUUUUCGUCUCCUCGCCCUCGUUGGUCUACAUGGGCCACGCCAUCUACCGGCUCCGCGCCUUGGAGAAGGAGCGCCACUGCAAGAAGGUGGCGCUACGCCGCGAGCUGGAGUCGGUGGACGCCGAGACGGCGGACGCCCGGCGCCGGAUCGAGAAGGAGAUGCGGGGCCUGGAACAGGGCAAGCUGAACAAGGCCCCGCUGAGGGGUUCGCUUCUUUGUACCUACGUGGCGCACAUCGUCACUCGCGCCGUGGUGGAGGUCAGCUUCAUGACGGGCCAGCUGGUCCUCUACGGCAACCGCCUCGGCCCGCUCUACAAGUGCGACCGCCGGCCCUGCCCCAACGUGGUGGACUGUUUCGUGUCGCGGCCCACCGAGAAAACAGUUUUCAUGGUCUUCAUGCAGGUGAUCGCCUGCAUUUCCUUGUUCCUCAGCCUCUUGGAGAUCAUCCACCUGGGCUACAAAAAGAUCAAGAAGGGCAUUCUGGAAUACUACCCGCAUAUCAAGGAGGACCUGGAUGACUUCUACGUCAACAAAUCCAAGAAGAACUCGGUGGUGCACCAGGUGUGCGCGGGCACCUCGGCGGGGGGCCGCAAGGCCAGCGCGCCGGCGGCGCCCGGCGGCUUCAGCUUGCUGCUGGAGAAGCAGGGCAACGGGCCCAACUACGCGCUGCUCAACACCGCUUCGGCUUUCGCACCCGUCCGGGAAGACCCGGGCGUCAAGCCGGCGGGAUUCAAGGAGAGCCGGGAGGGUGUCCCGAGCCCCGCCGAUCAGAACAGCAACAACGCCAGCAGCCAGACCCGCUCGCCGCCCGCCGACGAGCCGGACCGCGCCCGGUACCCCGCCUCCUCCGACGCGCCCUCCUGCGCCGCUCUGCCGGCGGCGGCGGCCCGGAAGUCCCGGAGACCGAGCCCGCAGUGGAACUGCUCCACGGUGCUGGAGGGCAACGCGUCGGACAGCGGGGACUCCUACCGGGGCGGCCCCGUGAAACUCCACAGAGGUAGCGUCAGGAACCCGCUCGCCAAGCCGGACAGCGCAAGGAGGCCCGGCAGGCCCCGGAGCCCGGACUCGGCCGGCGACGCCAGCUCGCCGUCCCGGCGCAGCCGAGACAGCCCCAGCCCCGCCGCCUCCUCCCCCAACCGGCGGGUGUCGGCGACCAGCAGCGGGGGCAGCGGCAGCAGGCGGGCGCCCACCGACCUGCAGGUCUGAUGCGCGAGGGUGGGAGGUCCAGA